CAGAAAACUAAGAAGAAAAAAGCAAAAGAAAAGACAAGCCACACUGAGAAGCAGAUGCCACCUGGGCUGGAAGCACGGUUGACCAGACUCGCACGGGCUGUCUUCUCUCCCUGAUUAUGUCUUCCCCAGACACAGCUGUGCCCCAGGAAGACAACAGGAUGACCAAGGUCAAGAAGACUGAGGUUGAAGUUGAGUGUUUGGUGUCACAGGAGAUGGUGACGUUCAGGGACGUGGCUGUGGUCUUCAGCGAGGAGGAGCUGGACCUGCUGGAUGCUGCCCAGAGGAAGCUGUACCACGACGUGAUGCUGGAGACCUUCAGGAAUGUGGUGUCACUGGGGCAUCAGCUCAUGACUCCAGAUGCUUUACCCCAGCUCAAGAGGGAAGAUGUGCUUUGGAUGUUGAUGACUAGCUGCAGCAGUGAGUCUACAGGAGCCAGGAAUCUAAAUGAGAUGGAGUUGCUUCAGGAGGUAGGAUGGAGGUACCUGCCGCAAGAGGAGCUUUUCUGCUCACGAAUCUGGCACCAAGUUACAAGGGAGUUAACCCAGGGUCGAGACUGCAUGGGGAACGCUGGAGAAACUGGCUCUCCAUUGGAGAAACAGGAUGGUGUCCAGUGUGAAGAAGCCGGCUUCAGUAAACAUUCCGGUCGGAAUUCAUUUCUUCAAGGUCACCAUGCAGAAUGCCAUGAAGAAGAGACAUGUGUGAAAAUCUCCGGUUGCAGCCACCAUCUUCACGCUCUUCCAGGAGAAAAGCCUUACACGUGUGAGAACUGUGACACCUUCCAUCGGGUCUCAAGUCUCCGGUCCCGCCAGAGAGUGCGCAAGAGACAGAGAUCACCGCGGUCUAACACACUGUUCAUAAAACUCGGUCAAAGGCCACGUUUUCCUUACCACCAGAGCGUCCCCACUGGAGAAAACGCAAACGAAUAUGAGGAGUGUGGGACUCUUGGGAAAAACUCACGUGGUGAGACCCCUCUGUUAGUCCACACAGGAGAGGGACCCCAUAUAUGUGAGGCGGGUGGGGCGGGCUUCAGUCAGAGCACGUAUCUUCAAGUGGAUCAGCGAGUCCAUUCUGGAAAGGAACCAUUUCAGUGUAAGGAAUGUGGGAAGGGCUUCAGCUGGUUUUCACGGCUGCGUGCCCAUCAUCGAAUCCACACGGGAGAGAAACCAUACAGAUGUGAUGCCUGUGGGAAGGGCUUUAGCUACAGCUCACACCUUAACAUCCAUUGUAGAAUGCACACAGGAGAAAAGCCCUAUAAGUGUGAAGAGUGUGGGAAAGGCUUCAGUGUAGGCUCGCACCUCCAAGCUCAUCAGAUAAGCCACACUAAAGAGAAACCGUACAAAUGCGAGGCAUGUGGGAAAAGCUUCUCUCGGGCCUCGAAUCUUCUGGACCAUCAGCGAGGCCACACUGGAGAGAAGCCAUAUCAAUGUGAUUCUUGUGGGAAGGGCUUCAGUCGGAGUUCUGAUUUUAAUAUUCAUAUUAGAGUCCACACGGGCGAAAAACCCUAUAAAUGUGAGGAGUGUGGGAAAGGCUUCAGCCAGGCCUCAAACCUUCUCGCCCACCAGAGAGGCCACACUGGCGAGAAACCCUACAAAUGUAGCACGUGUGGGAAGAGCUUCCGUCGGAGUUCAGAUAUGAACGUUCACUGUAGAAUCCAUACCGGAGAGAAACCCUACAAAUGCGAGACGUGUGGAAAAGCCUUCAGUCAGUUCUCAAGUCUUCAGGUGCAUCAGCGGGUCCACACGGGAGAGAAGCCGUAUCAGUGUGCAGAGUGUGGGAAGGGCUUCAGUGUGGGCUCACAGCUUCAAGCCCACCAGAGGUCCCACACCGGAGAAAGACCCUAUCAGUGCGAGGAGUGCGGGAGAGGCUUCUGUCGGGCCUCCAAUUUUCUAGCGCAUCGCGGAGUCCACACAGGAGAAAAACCUUACCGAUGCGACGUGUGUGGCAAACGCUUCCGGCAGAGGUCCUACCUCCAAAACCACCAGAGGGUUCACACUGGAGAGAAACCGUACAAGUGCGAGGCGUGUGGGAAAGGCUUCAGCUGGAGCUCUUAUCUCCAAGCCCACCAGAGGGUUCACACUGGAGAGAAACCGUACAAGUGUGAGGCCUGCGGGAAAGGCUUCAGAUGGAGCUCGAGCCUCACCACUCACCAAGUAAGGCACACGGGAGAGAAGCCGUACAAAUGUGAGGAGUGUGGGAAGGGCUUCACUCGGGCCUCGACGCUUCUGGACCAUCAGCGAGGCCACACUGGAAACAAGCCCUAUCAGUGCGAUGCUUGUUGGAAGGGCUUCUGUCACAGCUCAGAAUUUAACAAUCAUGUGAGAGUCCACACGGGCGAAAAGCCCUACAUCUGUGAGGAGUGUGGGAAAGGCUUCAGCCAGGCCUCGCACCUUCUGGCCCACCAGAGAGGCCACACCGGCGAGAAACCCUACAAAUGUAGCACGUGUGGGAAGAGCUUCAGUCGGAGUUCAGAUCUGAACGUUCACUGUAGAAUCCAUACCGGAGAGAAACCCUACAAAUGCGAGACGUGUGGCAAAGCCUUCAGUCGCGUCUCAAUUCUCCAAGUCCACCAGAGAGUUCACAGCGAAGAGAAACCGUACCAGUGUGCAGAGUGUGGGAAGGGCUUCACGGUAGAGUCACAUCUUCAAGCCCACCAGAGGUCCCACACCGGAGAAAGACCCUAUCAGUGCCAGGAGUGCGGGAGAGGCUUCUGUCGGGCCUCCAAUUUUCUAGCUCAUCGCGGAGUCCACACAGGAGAAAAACCUUACCGAUGCGACGUGUGUGGCAAACGCUUCCGGCAGAGGUCCUACCUCCAUGACCACCACAGGAUCCACACUGGCGAGAAACCGUACAAGUGCGAGGCGUGUGGGAAAGGUUUCAGCUGGAGCUCGUACCUCAAAGCCCACCAGAGGGUUCACACUGGAGAGAAACCGUACAAGUGCGAGGCCUGCGGGAAAGGCUUCAGCUGGAGCUCAAGCCUCGUGAUUCACCAGCGAGUCCAUACUGACGAUGAGGGCCACAGGGAUUUCCCCGCACCAGAGGACACCCCGAGGAAACACACUCUAUAAGGUUUUAUGAUUUGAUAUUACAGAUGGAAGCCGAAACGUUCCAGUUCUUAGAGCAGUCGUGGGAGACAGAGGAGUUGUAUCAUAAAAGGGUCGGUGUUUCAACAACAAUUAGGAGACCACAGAGCAAAGAAGCCUGUAUGUUGGAGCCAUGCAGACUUCAUUCAGAACCUUGAUCUUUAACACACUGCUACAGUAACCGCACAAAGGUGGAGUGUCAUCCGGAGGUUUCUAAAUAUCCUAGGACAGAAGGGACCAGGUCUGUUUGACAGGAGCAAAAUUUCUUAAGCUGCUGGUUACCGCCACUGAAUGUGGUGGCCACAAGGUGUUUCUAUAAACACUACAAGCUUUCUAUAUACCCAGUGGCCAAAACCUCAGAAUUCAACAGCUAAUAAAUCUGAUGGGCUUCUGGCAGCUCUUACCCAAGCCGCGACUCACAGCGCGAGCCCUGGCACCUCCCUGUCACCACACACAGUGCCCGCAGGCUGCCUGAAGUCCCUCUGCUCAGGGCCGACGUUGCUAUCAAUCGCAGUGCUUCUUACUGUGCGCACAUUUUCUGCUCGUACAGAAGCAUAAUUGUUUACUUACACUAUUUUCCUCUUCUCACCCCUCACACUUAAGUGUCAGACGAGUUUAGCUGCAGAUUGUGCUGGGUGCCCAGCCAGCGUGGUUUUAACCAGCCGCGUAGCUCCUUAACAGA